GAAAAGAAAAUCAUAAUAUUUCUACUAUAAGUAGCUGUGCGAUUGUCAAUUUAGUCACGCAAAGCUUUGCUACUCAGAGAAAUAGUGGAGAGUGAGAGAGAGAGAGAGAGUGUUGGGGUUCUGCGUCGGCGAUUAGAUCUCAACCACAGCCUUCAUCAUGGUUCUUUUACAGCUAGACCCGUUUCUUAAUGAACUCACUAGCAUGUUUGAGCACAGCAACGAGAAAGGUUCUGUUUGGGUUACUCUUAAGCGAUCAUCUUUAAAGUCUAAGGUGCAUAGGAAUAAAAUGGCGACUGCAGGUGAAACAAUCGAGUAUAGAUGCCUUAUCCGUGCUACUGAUGGGAAAAAGACGAUUUCUACUUCGGUUGGAGCAAAGGAUCAUCAGCGCUUUCAAGCUUCUUAUGCAACUAUCCUCAAGGCCCACAUGACAGCUCUAAAGAAAAGGGAGAGAAAGGAUAAGAAAAAGGCUGCAGAGGGUGAUAAGAAAGAAGGGGCUGCGAAGAAGCCCAAGAGGGUGUAAAUAAGUCCCCAUUUUACUACGUAGGCUCCUCCUCCCUUCUGAGAAAGAAAAUAUUUCAACUUGAAGCAAGUUUAGGGAUGAAAUAUAGGUUUUUUUAGAUGUUACCUUUUGAUUGAUGGUAUAUUUUCAUGAUCUGGUUGAAUGGAAAGACUUGGAAUGGUAGUCUUUUAUGUUCUGCGGUUAAAAUUAAUUUUGAAAGAAUUAUAGGAUAUGUUUUGUUCAGCCUUGCGUGGCAGAA